AUGCAUACCUCGCGAUUACUACAAUCUGCGAUAUCGAUCUUCGCAUUACUGGGUCAGGCUCGACUCGCCGAUGCGACGCCGUUAGGGCCGAGCGCUGAAGGAGUUUCGCUCGAACAACGAUCUUGCGACAACCCCUGUGGCUACUACAGCCAGCUUUGCUGUGCCUCAGGCGAAACAUGCACUACAGACGAUAAAGACCAGGCGGUUUGCUCUUCGAGCAGCGAGUCCAGCAGUGGAAGCGGCAAAUGGGAAACGUAUAGCAGCACCUGGGUCGUGACCGAAACAGACGUCGAGACACGCACAUCGGUAUGGAGCAGUUGGGUCGCGAGCCCGACGGGCGGUAGCGGGAGCUGUCGAAGUGACCUUGGUGAGAGUGAGUGCGGUAGCGACUGUUGCGAUGCCUCGCAAGUUUGCAACUCCCACAAGAAGUGCGUUCUGGCGGCCACCACCUCAGUCUGGGCGACAGAUACUGGAACCGCCACAGCCCCCGUACGACCGACAGACUCGAGCACUGUUACCAAGACCGCGACAACCACUCAGGCUUUCGAGACGCCAGUCACCACUGAUGGAUCGCCAGCGCUCGGAGUGGAUGCUCCGGAUGACGGCGGCGGCUUGAGCGGCGGUGCGAUUGCGGGUAUAGUGAUCGGAACACUCGCCGGUGUAUUCCUUUUAUUCCUACUGUGCCUCUGCCUGUGCGCACGAGGACUCCUCAAUAGCAUCCUCGCCUGCUUGGGCAUUGGACGGAAGAGACGGCAGGAGACGACAUAUGUGGAAGAACAUCAUUCGCAUCACACGCAUCGGCCUGGCCGCACGUGGUUCGGCACUCGCCCGUCUGGGCCUCCGCACGAGGACGAGCAUAAAUCAAAAUGGGGCAAACUCGCGACUCUUGGAAUCAUAUUCGGUGCAAUUGCGCUUUGCCUCGGGCUGAGAAGAAAGGGGGACCACAGCGACGAAAAGAGCAGCACCUCUUACACGUACCCAAGCUAUUAUAGCUAUUACACCAGCACGACUCGAGCUCAGACCGACGGACUCGACGGAGCAGACGAUCAGGACGAUCUAGGUCCCGGGCAUAACGAUUGA